UCCCCACUCCUCUCCAGCACAAUGGCCUGCCAGGAGAGCGAGUACCUGGAUGACCAGAAGAAAUGUGUCCCCUGCAGAAAGUGCAUGCCUGGGCAGGAGCUUUCCAAGGACUGCGGUGACGGCAGCGGUGGGGACGCGCAGUGCGUGGCCUGCCCUCCCAGGAAGUUCAAGGACCGCUGGGGACACCACGGCUGCAAGCCCUGCCUGUCCUGCGCCCUCAUCAACCGCUUCCAGAAGUCCAACUGCACGGCGACGACCGACGCGGUGUGCGGGGAGUGCCUGCCAGGGUUUUACCGGAAAGCACGGAUCAGCGGGCAGCUGGAAUGGGAGUGCAUCCCCUGCACCAAGCAGACGCCCUCCUCUGAGCCACAGUGUCGCUCCAGAACUAACCUGGUGAAGGUCGCCAUCCCCACUGUACCACCACAGGACACGGCCCUUCUUGCACUGACCAGCAGUGCCCUGAUCAUCAUUGUCCUGGUGCUUCUGGCACUCUCCAUCAUCUACUGCAAGCGGUUUUGGAAGAGCCAGUGUCAGCGAGUCUUCCUGAGGACUCAGAACUUCUCGGGCCAGCGAGCAAUGUUCCCGACCGCAGCGGCGCCCGGCAGGUUCCUGUGUGAGGAGCAGAUGUCUGGUCCCUGCUGCCUGGGUGUGAAGAACCUGAGCCCUUGCUACAGGCAGGCAGAAGGCCCUGUGGAAGCAGUGCAGUUCAUUUCGGACGGGGAAGCUGUGGGUCUCCAGCUCCCCUCUCUCCAGCCAGAGAUGGACUUGCCGCCGGCCAUUGUGGUCAGUGCUGCCUCCAAGGCCCAGCUGGGCAGGAGCCUCCUGGAAAGCCAGCCCCUCAUCCGGGCCUCAGGCCAUGGUGACUGCCUGGCCGGGGUCCUGCCGCCCCCCGCCCCCAGGCAGGGCCAGCCAGGCACGGUGGAGGCCCUGGCCCCCCUCUCCUCCUGCGCCUCUGAGAUGCAGCACAAGUGGCCACAUGCACCAGUGGAAUGCACCGAGCUGGACCUCCAGAAGUUUUCCACCCAGGCAGAGUUUGUGGGCAGCGAGCGGGCGGACGAUGCAACGAGCCAGGCAGUGAAGAGGAUCCCGGCAGAGAGCAGUGGUGUGGUGCAGGAGGGGGCCCAUCACUUGCCCCCCACCCUCCCAAAUCCCACUGCCGAUAUCCCCCCUGGGGAGCGGCCGGUGGAUGAUGCCCAGAGCCUGGUGACUCAGAUCAGCAGCGCAGCCAAGGGUCUCCUAAUAGCAGAGCUGCCACAUUCCUUGGUGCAGUCACUCGCCUUCUUGUUGGACCCUUCCUUGAACGGUGUGAAGAACUUCAGCCACCUGGCACUGGAGCUGGGGCUCGUGCCCCAGUUGCUGGGACGGAUCUCAGGGUUUGAGCAGCUCGUCACGCACUUCACGUACGCGGGAGCCGCCGUGACCGUCCCGCUGCUGGCACAGGCACUGCAGCGGCUCCAGCGGUUCGACGCCUUGCUCCUGCUCUGUGACUACUUCACACUCAGCCCGGUGACAGACCACCAGCACUAGAGGACACGGAGGGAUGAGCAAAGCUCCAUGCACUGCUAGUGUGGGAGAGGAUCCAGUGGCCUUCAGUCACGUAACUUCCCCGGUGUGCUUGGGGGCAGAGCAUGGAGAUGGUCUUUGCGUCGUGGAAUGGAAGGAUGCGAGGGGUUCUGGGAAGCACAGCUGUGCCUGCUCCCAGUUCCAUGUGGGAGGGCUCGCUCAGGCCCCUCCAGAGGCUGUUUUUCUCUGGCUGUGACAACCUUGGUCACUGUGCUGCCCAUGAUGCAGUGCUCUGGCUCUGCAGUGAGCCCCAUCCUGCCCCACUCUUGCUAUGGGGUCCCUCAGCCAUGGGGCUUAGUCUCCAUGGGCAACACCCUCCUAUGGGCCUAGCCAUCGUCUCCCCUCCAUUCCAGCUUUUCUGUCCUUCCUUUGCUCCGUGCUGUGCUUUCCUAGGUGCCAGAUGCCACUUUCCCAGUUUGCUUUUUGGUUGUUUCUCUUCCUCCAUGCUGGGAUUUCCUCAGCAGAGGCCGUGGCUCACGUGCCGGGCUCCAGCCUUUGCCUCUCUAUGCCACCCUGGCACCUUCCCCUUUGUGUCUAUUUGUCCUGGCAGGAGUCUCAGACUGAUCCCCAGGAUGAGCUGGUGUGCAUCUUUGUCCUGGGGCUGUGGCUGCUGGCCUGGGACAGGUGUUGGCUCACUCCCGGGCUCCUGCCAUGCCCCACAGCCAUCUGCUGCCC